UCACAGGGUGCGAAUUGACCCGACACCGACCGAAAGAAGAUAGUUCAUUUCCUGGACUCAUUACAAACUGUCAACACCCUUCGCGUCAGAUAAUGCUGUUUUUGUUGUGUGUGAUGCUAUGGAUAAGUCCUGGCUUUGCGUUGGAUGGGGACAUAGGAAAGUUCUGGCAGUUGUCAGAUGUACAUUUUGAUCCUGACUACAGUCAACAUGGGAACUCCAAGAAACAGUGCCACUUUCACAAUGACAGUAGUGGGGACCCUGGUUACUAUGGCAACUACUUGUGUGAUUCCCCCUAUAAUCUUGUGGAGUCUGUCAUUGAAACCAUGAGACACAGGGAGGCAGAACCAGACUUUAUACUGUGGACAGGAGACACUGUACCACAUGUGGAGCAGAAAAGCUUAGACGAUGUCCUGAGACUGAUAAGUAAUGUAACUACAGUUCUGAAGGACGCAUUCCCAAACACCUCCUUGGUUCCACUGCUGGGCAACCAUGAUGCCUUCCCAUCCAAUCAGAUGCCUCUCGUGGAAAGUGGAACUCACUACUAUGACGACAUCCUGACCAAGGGGGACUGGUCUCAACUCCUGGAGAAACAAGAGCAGGCACAGUUCCAGAAAGGUGGCUACUACUCACGGAUCGUGCGGCAAGGCUUGAGGCUGGUCGUCCUCAACUCCAACUUGUGGUAUUCAAUGAACAAGAAAGUGACAGGGAACCUUGAUCCCAACCAGCAGCUGGCCUGGCUCCGACAGCAGCUGACAGAUGCCGACACAGCACAGCAGAAGGUGUACAUCGUGGCACACAUCUGCCCCGGGGCCUUUGAGAGACUGCAGGGCAUGUCCUGGUUCUACCCUGAGUUCAACAAGCGGUACCUGGAUCUUAUCACAGAACACGCAGCAACAAUCGCUGCCCACUUCUGUGGCCAUGAGCACACCGAUUCCUUCCGACUUGUAAAGGACACACAAGGCGUCACGACAAGCCUGAUGUAUCUGAGCCCGGCCUUGACCCCCUGGAAGAGUCCACUCCGUGGUGUUGGGGCCAACAACCCGUCAGUCAGACUGUACCACUAUUCCCGCUCUACCAGCAACAUCAUGGACUACCUGCAAUACUACCUCAACCUCACCCUGGCUAACGAAGGGCCGGGCAACAGCAGUGGGGGCCUAGACAACAGCAGUGAGGGGGAGUGGCAGCUGGAGUACCAGGCCACACAGGCCUACGCUGUCACUGACUGCAGCCCCCGCAACUUCAACAACCUCACCCGCACCUUCCACCCCUCCAGCAUCCUGUUCAAGCGCUACAUGGACUACAACACCGUCAGCUACAACAAUUCGGCAAUGUGCGGUCACUCAUGCUUCAUAAACCAGUUCUGUGCAAUUCUGUAUGUGGACAUAAACCAGUACAACAACUGCAUGUUCUGGAGCGGCACGACACCCCAGCCUCACACCCGCACCCCCACCUACCACCCCACCAACACUCCCGACCACACCACCAUCUCACCCCCACACACCACCACACACCACAAGCCAUACCAUCUUCCCCAGUAUGUCUUCUACAUUAUAGGCGGUAUGGGGGUGCUCAUUGUUGCUCUGGCCGUCGCCGUCAGCUGUCUGUGUGUACGGAGACGGAGACGGGGAAUGCCAUUCAAAUACAGUCAUUUUGUUGGACCAAUAAAUUCAUAGUGAUAAGAUGUAGACUGGAAAUCAUUAAAUUAUACCUUCUUUGGAUUAACACCAGAUCACAACUGAUAACAACUAGAAGAUACACUCUAGAAACUAAAUGUCCAGGCAGUUGAAACUAGUUUGUGAUAAAUCAAUUAUAGAAAACACAAUCAGUAUUAAUAUUGAUGUACAUUACCAAUUCAUCAAAAUAUGAUUGUGGAUCAUUUGCCUAAUAAUAUAACUACUUCACUUCAAAUUUUGGACAAAUUCAAAAUGGCCACUGGGGCAGCCAUCUUGGGAAAUUAAGCGAAUCUUUGAUAAAAUUUAACGCUAUCCCUGGUUUAUGAUAUGAAUACAUAAAAAAAGUGUAAAAAAAACAUGUAACUUGGAUAAUUACUGCUUUCAAAUUUCUAAAUAAAUUGAUGAAAUCACAUAAAAUUUCCAUUAACGAUAUCAGUGUGACCGUUAGGAUGUAUUCAACCUAAUAUCAACAUUUGUAUUCAUACAUCUUUGGAAUCUAAAGAACGCCCGAUACUUUCAUAUCUCAUGUAGUCUGUCAUUACAUGAUGUUCUUUUUAUUUCUUUUAAGUAGCAUAUAAAUAGUUCCAAAGCAUUAAGUUAAAAGCAUUUACAGUUCACAGCUCUGUUGUUCACAAUAUAAAUCCUUCAGCCAACAGUUUCAACAUUUCUACAGUUAUCAUCAAACGAUGCAUGGUUGUGGUCAGUUAAGGUGGUGUUAAGUAUUUGGUCUCUUUUGUCAAGCAAGUGAAUACAAGUGAUGUCAUGAUAUGAUUUUUGCCCUACCUUAACAUUGCCCUGACAAUUAAAACAUAGGUCCAUCAUAAAAUGUUUACAUCUGUGAGACAGCAUUAAACGUCUCUCACUCAAAGCAUAGGAUUGAACCCUGAGAUUUCGGUGUGGCUUUAACCUUUAAGCAUUGGGCAUAUACUGCCCAGCACUUCUAGGUAGCAAUGAAUGCAGAAUUUGAUGAUGUUUGCCUCUCUACAUCCACACCAGAUGUUUCCUUUGAAAAACCAGCAAUCGCAUGUAUGUCUGCUGUAUAAUCUUAUGGUUGCUUCCAAAAACGUUUUAGACUGCUGAAUAUAUGAAAGGUGAGAGUCAUUACUGUGGUACUAGAUAUAUUUGAUUCAGACAUUCCAACAUUACAUACACAUAUGGACACACAUGUGUCCUAGUUGAUGUGCAGAGUUAAGUCCCUUGCAAGAAUCUGAAGUUUGUGUUAGUUCUGCCUGAUUCUCUCCCUUUGUUUGUCAGCUGUGGAGCUGUGCAGGGGGCAUCUUCCCAGGGCAAGGGAGUUCACUGACUGAAACAGUCCAGUGUCCACCCUUGCAGAUGUAGGCUGGAAUUUUUGGACCCGGUUGUUGCAACACCAGUGGCUAUUACACGUUAUUCGCCUCCUAUGUCCCUCCUAUGUCCCUCCUAUUGACCAAUCAGAUUCCACCUCAAAUAUCUUUGGCAUUUCCUUCAAACAAAAUGGCGGCGCCCAGGGUGAUCUGAUCGAUAAUCAAAAUCUAUAUUGUGAUAAAACAGGUCUUACUUUGCAAUAAGCAUCAAAUCAUGUGUGUACCUUGAUUAAAACAUGAAAAGAUUUGGCAAAUAUGUGUUGAUGCCAAGUUGGUUCACAUGCUUUGUGAAUCCUGCAUUCAACCAAAAACUGCACGGUAGUUUAAGAACCGGAUGUCAAUUUCGUUACGCGAUUUUGAUUGGAUUAUGCAUAGAUCCUUUAGUCCAGCCAAACUAUAACUCCAUAAUACCAGCCUAGUUCGGCAAAGGUGUAUACUAAUAUACAUCAAGGUUGUGCAAGAUCAAGAAAUGGACAAUUCACCAAGUCUUUGACUUGCUGGCCCCAGUCUGUAAAUUUUCUCAGGGACAGCAGAAUUAAUAACAUGGUGGUCAGACAGUCCCAUCGAACAAGUCCUAUGCCCUUCAGGGUUUGUACAGAGAUGGUGCCCAGAACAUGUAUGAUGUGUAUAAACAGAGUUUGUCGAUGUUGAUUUUAUAUACAGUUUAACUAUGCUGAUUGGCUGCCUGUACAUAAGGAUCGUAACAGUAUCUGAUGUGAAAACAUCCAACUGUUAAUAUGUUUAUGCAUAACGUUUCAAAUCAUCAUGAUCUCAUUAUGUAUGAUUGUUAUACUUUUGUAUUUGUAUAUAUCUUGAAAAAUAAAGAAAUAGAUGCAA